CUUCAACAUCCACAUAAGCUGCGACACCAGCGAAUUUCUCGUCUGCAAAGACACACCAUCGCACGCCCAAUCCAUCUCCCCGCGAACUCCGGAUCCUCGCAGCAAUGGCCUCCUCCGCCCCCGCCGCGCCGAAGCGCCAGCCGUCGGUGCUCAACAAGACGUACCUCAUUCUCUACAACUUCGCUUCCGCCGUCGCCUGGUCCGUCGUCCUCGGCCGCACCGUCUCGCUGCUGAGCCAGAGCGGGCCGCAGUCUGUCUACGCCGGCGUCGGCGAGUGGACCAAGUGGACGCAGACGGUGGCUGCCAUGGAGAUUAUGCAUUCCCUGCUUGGCGUCGUCCGCGCUCCUCUCCUCACCACGCUCGCCCAGGUCGCAUCGCGCCUCCUCCUCGUCUGGCCUGUCGUCGACAUGUUCCCCCAGCUCGCCGUUCAGCCCUGGUACUCGUCCAUGCUCAUUGCCUGGUCCGUCACCGAGGUCAUCCGCUACUCCUUCUUUACCAUGACGAUUUCUGGCUUCCAACCUCGACCUCUGACCUGGCUCCGCUACACCACAUUUUACAUCCUAUACCCCAUUGGCAUCAGCAGCGAAUGCGCUCUCAUCUGGAAGGCCAUUGAGCCCGCUGGCGAGCUGAACCCCAUGUACCCGUGGGCCCUGUAUGGCAUUCUGGCCAUCUACGUUCCUGGCUCGUUCAUGCUCUUCACUCACAUGAUGAGCCAGCGACGCAAGAUCAUGCGUAACAUGAAGGCCCAGAGCAGCAAGGCCCAGUAGAUGUUGCAAGCAGAAUAAUUGUAGAGGCUGUAUGUAGAAGAGUUGUAGAGGCUGUAAGCAGGGGAGUUGUAAGAAAUGACUUGCGUGGACUUGCGUGGAGUUGGGCAUGGGGGAAAAGGCGGAGAGAAUUUAGCCAACAACACACGUAUGGAAUUGAAGAGGAGUUGUAGGGAUUUGGGACCUGGCAUAGACUAAUGUAAUAUAUAUCAUAAAGAUUUCAA